AUGUUUCGUUGCUUUCUUUUCUACCUUAUUUAUUAUUUGGGGUUUUUCAUCCUACCUGCAUUAUUGAAUGAAAUCGAUAUACGACAAGAAGCAAAUUAUCCGGAACAUCCAUACAAACAUUUCGGUCGACAUUUCGAAUAUAUUUACGAAACGCCUUCUGCACCUGAUCGGAAACCUAAAAUUCUGCUUUCAUAUGACACUAUCGGUGAUGAUAUCGAUACAACAGGAACAGUGGAAAAUAUAGACAAUCGCCAAUCGAGAAAUCCCGGCAGUGAGUACACAACGAAUUUUUCACAAAACCCCAAUAAAGUGCAUGUCAAAAAUGCGUGGAAAGAAAGUGUAAAGGCUCGAAAGCAUGCGCAAGCAGAAUAUGAUGCAGUACGCCAACUUGCUGAUGAUAUCUUUGAUCAAGCUAAGAAAGUAUUUUCGGCAGUAACAGGUGCAUCAAUUCCGUUAUCAGAAAUUUCUGCAUCCGAAAGAGAAGUGGAUGCGGAUAUGGAAUACGACCCAAAUAGAUUUCAGUCAAUGAAAGGAAAAGAAAGCAAUCAUCUCCAAAAAUAUUACACGCAGUAUGGCAGGCGUAGGAUUUUGAAAAAUGAAGGACAGAAAGUUGAAAAAAUUGUGCCAAAUCGUGAAAAAUGGCGUAAAUAUAUGAUAGGACGAUGGAUCAGAAAUGGAUCUUCAAAAGAGCCUAGAAAUGAUGUCAGUUACGAGAUGUUUGGCUUAUUACCUAAAUUUGAUCCCAGAUUCCCGUUUGAUCGAGCGUUCAAAUUAAUGGAAGAUCUUCAACCGCCGGAAAUGUUCAAAUUUCCAUCAGCUAGUUUCUAUAUUUAA